GAAUCUUCUUUCUGGAGCUGUCAAGUGCAUUACACGGACCAGUGACAUUUCUAAGUUGAGAGCGAAAAUGAUGCUGAGUCCGGAACAAACUGAUUCAGAUCUGCCGUGGAGCCAGUCAGACGCCGAGACAAUGCUGAACGACAUCAAGGUUGGCUGCAUCACGGACGAGCCCAUGGAGGGAGAGGGCAAGACCAAGUCUCUGGCCCCGCAAGCCCUCAGCAGGGAGGAGAAGAGGAGGCGCAGGCGCGCCACGGCGAAGUACCGCUCAGCCCACGCCACCCGCGAGAGAAUCCGGGUCGAAGCCUUCAACGUGGCCUUUGCCGAGCUGAGGAAGCUGUUGCCUACGCUGCCCCCUGACAAAAAACUCUCCAAGAUUGAAAUUCUGAGACUAGCUAUUUGUUACAUUUCCUAUCUGAAUCACGUGUUGGAUGUUUAGCGCAGGUCCCUUUCAGUGAUGAUCAACGCACUCCGGGGACACGUGGGGGCCUGUCCGCAGCGAACCACGCCGUAUCCUAAUUUCGCAGUUUGCAGCUCACCGGAAGCGCCGUCGGGAGAGGUGGCCAUCACCCAAGUGUUCGUUAGACUUUAGACAGGUGUUAUUCAAAUUUAAUGAGAUAUUAGGCUAUAGCUUAGAACGAAGAGAAUGCCCUCUUCAACCAAAAAUGGGGAUCGCUCAAAGAGCCGUGAACCAUUUAAAAGACUGUGGUCCCUGCUUUAAGCUAUACACAGAAUAAACGAUGCAAUAAGGUCGAGAGGGACUUAAAACAAAUCUAAUAGCCUGUGUUGUUAUAUGUGUAGCCUGUACGGACAAAGUGCAUCGCUCUGUAGAACAGUGAAGUCCUCCUCUUAAGAGCUGCUCCCUGCAUCUAGUCACCAGUUCUUUAAUCAGGAGGAAAUGACGUAUAAGUGCCACUCCAAUU